AAAAAAAUCUCGGGCGCGCGAAAGGGGAAUGGCGGUGGCCACGGCGACGGCGGUGUCACUCCCGGGCUCCGCCACCAUGACUCUGCUUUCCGGCGAGCUCUCGCGUGCGGGGGUGAACUUCCCUCGACUCGAGGUCCCUCGCGCACGCUCUCUCCAGGGCGGAUGCCGGUGGAAGAUGGCGGCGUUCCGUAGCUCCAAUUCGAAGCAGACCCACCGCGUGAUUCCUUUCGCGUAUGGCAAAGAGAACGUGAAUGAAGAUACCGAUGAGAUGUUCGAUGAGUUGUUCAAUAAGUACGGAAAAGUGGUGUUCAAGAGAAAUGACAAAAGACCUAGCGCCGAAGUUGAUGAUGAUGCGGAAAGUUUAUCGUUUGCGGUGGCAAUGGCUAAGGUUGCGAGUGAGGUGAAAGCAGCAGACAUAAAAGUCCUCUUCGUGAAGCCUCUUGUGUAUUGGACCCGCUUUUUCAUCAUUGCCACAGCAUUUUCCCGCCCUCAGAUUGAUGCCAUUGGGUCAAGAAUGAGAGACCUGGCAGAGAAGAAGUAUGGGAAAGUUCCAUCUGGAGACUCAAAACCUAACUCAUGGACACUUUUGGAUUUUGGUGACGUGGUUAUCCACAUAUUCCUUCCUCAACAGAGAGAAUUCUACAAUUUGGAAGAGUUCUAUGCUAAUGCAACGCCUAUUGAGUUGCCUUUUGAAAACCAACCGCCACCAUUCCGUCCUUGAGAGGAGGCGUCAAACUCCUUGUUUGAGGAUUAAAGAACUCAUGCCAAUGCAGUGCAUUGGUCAACUUCACUUGGGCCGGCAUUAACUUUGCUUCUUAUUGUUCUGUCAAGUCAACCCUUUGACAUGCUUGAGGGCUGAAAGUCUGUCAGGGUUCUAAGGCAUAACCUUCCGGCUCAGAUGGUCCACAAGCAUUCGGAACAUGAUUAAGCCAAUGGGGAUUGUGGAGGAACUGGUCUAGGUUUCAUUUUGGAUGUGCAAAUUUUGCAAUCAAUGCUGUGCUGUUUUUUACUACUUUGAGGGUCAGCAAGGUUUGUAAGUGAUGGUCUUCCCGUAACUGUCGGGCUUGGAUAUGCUUAUAUGACAUAGUUGUGGUUACCUUGUAGGUGGUAAUUUGUACUUCACAGUUGCCUUUCGAUAUGUCAAUCUUAUCUUGCCCCUUUUCGCUA